CGUGACUUCAAAGAACGUCCACCGCGCGCAUUUGCAAGAAUUAUCACGAGACCGUUCUGAAACGACCUGCUAUCGCGAUAUUUGCGUGUCACACGCUGAUCGGUCUUUGCAGCGCCGCAUAGAGCAGAACACACUUACAAUGUCACACAAUAAGUUGCUGUUUGUUGACACUCAGGAGACGGUUAGCUUGGGGUUUAUUAAAAAGACCUUUUAGUUUCCCACGUUUGCUUUAUUUUUUUCCAGUAAACUCUACUGUAUUUUCCGUCGGGGGUUGUUGCAUCUGUCAUGUCACUUUUCAAUGUGAUGAGUAACUUGACUCAAAAUGAUGCUCCGUCCUUACGAUUGUUUCGGAAAAGCGAGAGCUCUGAUGAUGAAGAGAAGAGGUUAAAAAGAAGAGAAAAGAACCGUGUGGCUGCACAGAGAAGCCGGAGGAGACAAACACAGAGAGCCGAUGAGCUGCAUGAGGCUUAUGAGUGUCUGGAACAGGAGAACAGCUUGCUGAAGAAGGAAGUUCAGUUGUUGAUAGAGGAACAGCAACGCUUGACAGAAGCCCUCAAAGCCCACGAGCCUUUGUGCCCUGUCCUGAACUGUGGUAUGACCCCAACAACAAGGUGCACAGUGCCACCUGAGUUUGUCUAGAUAGGGCCUCUCAUAUCUAAUCCGCACACAGUCUCAGUUUGCAGUAUUUCUAUCAGGAUAUAAAUUUGAAAUCUCUCUUGAAUUAUGAUGUACAGUGUGGUUAAACAGUUAACUUGUAAACAUGCUGCUUUUUUCUAUUUUAAGUGUACGUUUAAGUUAACCCGCUUUUGCUUUAUUGCCCUCAUGCAUACAGCUAGAGCUGUCAAGAUUUCCCAAAAAGCAUCUCGGUAACUGUAACACGUGCAUGGAAAUCUUACCUUUUAUACAAAAUGGCUACAAAUUUGACACAAUCUUAAACAAUUGUAUUUUAAAUAAUCUACGUUUUAAAGAUUCUAUUUUAAAGCCAUAUUUUAAAUGUGGACUCAAACCCACUGUAUAUUCAAAAUACAGAACUUAAUAGUCAUCUGUUACUUUUUCCAAGAUCAGUGCAUAUACACUUUAGUAUUUACUCGGAUAAAUAUCCUCUAACAAAGAGAUACCACUGUGAAUGAAUGACAUGUCAGAAAGAGCUUCUGCUUCAUGAGUGUUAUCUGACCAGAAUAUCAGUUUCAGACUCUGACAGCAGUUUUGUUUUUGUAUUAAAACUAACUGUAACAGAUUAACACAACUGAUAAUACCUUACAAUGAGGUCAAAUGCAUUAAUUUAACCUAACUUUCCUGUGGCUUAGUGGUUAGAGCAUGGCGCUAGCAAUGCCAAGGUCAUGGGUUCAAUCCCAGGGGAUUGCAUGUAGUCAGAAACAAAUGUAUAAUACAAUGCAAUGCAAGUUGCUUUGGAUAAAAACGUCUGCCAAAUGCAUAAAUGUAAUAUUGUAAAAUAUUACUGUAAAUGUUAUUGAAGUCAUAAGGUGUUAUUGUAUAACGUCAUAAUUCUAACAAAUAAUUUUAACGUCAGUAUUACAUAAUGCUUACUGCCUUUGUAGGCUAUUUAAUACAUUUUUAUAAUUCUGUAUAAAAUUAGUUUGUACAUGCAUUUUGUGAUGCAGAUUCUGUGUAACAAAUCAAAUCAAAUUCAUUGAAUUUGUUUUUACUCAUUAUGUGUGGAACUAUAUUGGGGGUGGUUGCGGUAAGAUGAUGGUCAGUUUUUUUUCUGAUUGUAUCAUUUCCUCAAAGCUCUCUGGAUUUACCUUCCUAACCAGUGUUGGGUGCAUACUUCUUCAUUUCUCUUCCAGUUUUUCUCUUCCCUUCUGAAAAGUCCUAGAGAUCUACACGAUAGGUACUGCUUUCAUUUCUAAACUAAAACAAAUAAUCUACUGGUGAAUUUCAGUGUGCUAACAAAGAAAACAUAAAAAAACACCAUGAAAAGUUUCAGUACUUUAUGUUUGUCAGUGUUUGUAGUAUUUUGCUAUUAUACUCAUUUGUAUUGCACAUACUAUGUGACUAUAGAUAAUAUUUGGCAUUUUUACAUUCAUUGUUAUGCCAGAGGAGGAUGGACUCAGUCUGGUUCAUGACAAGGUUUUUGUUUUUCACUACUUAAACAUCUUUUUUCGUUGCCACAGUAAACUUUGGCUCAAAGGCUUUGAGAUGUACAAUUAGCGGUAUACAAAUGAAAAAAUUAGCACACCACGUUGCUGGUGUGAUUUGAUUUGUGUAAGAUGCAUAGUAUCGGUAUUUUUGGGACUUUUUUCAAUUUAUUAUAUUUAUAGUCCUUUAUACUGUUGCAAUUACAGCUUACAGUGUUGGCAAUCACAUAAAAAGUAAAUAUUCUAUACAUGAAUUCAAAUGAAUGAAUCAUUUUUUUAAUUUAUUUUUUAUUUUAUCAUUAGGAAUUUUUAAACUUUGUGGCCAAAUUAAAUUCUUUGAUUGUUGUGCCCUCUUGUGGACAGAGGCAUUUUAGAUUUCAUCUAUGCUGUUUUUUUAUAAACCUUCUGAAACAUUGAGAUUGUUUGCCUGUUGAGUGGAAAUGUCUUUAAAGCUUAAUAACCAAAACACAACAUAAACACAAAUGUAACAAAACAUCUCUUGAAAUUACUUCGGUUAUUUGUCUAUUACAUCAGGAACAUCCCAAAUGUAGGGCAUUAAUAAGAUUGUCCUAUAUCCUCAAAAGUCCUGUAAUUAUCCUUUUUAUAAUGUACAUACUUUGUUUAAUGUCUGUCUCAAACAGAACCAUGUCCACGUUUUUAACAUGUAAUUCUAUAAAAAAAUCCCUAUAUGGUCAUGUAAUAAAACAUUUUAUGGGAGUGGGUCUUUAUGUGUACUAAAAAUAGGGGGAAGUUUGAUGUUUCACAUUGACCUUUGUAUUUUGGAAAUAUUUUAAAGUCUGAAUGUGCAAAUAUAAUUGUUAGCUGGAAAAUGAUGGGUGUGCCCCUGUGGACUGUAUGCUGCUGAAAAUGUGCACAUGGCAGAAUGUACUGUAAUGAUAACUCUUCCUUCCUGAUCUGUAAGUUCCUGGUAGCAACUGUAGGUGGUUGCCCUGCAGCUCAAACUUUUGGAACCUUUACAGGAAUUAAAGAAGUAUGUAAACUUUGAAGUUCCAUUGAACCGUGAUUUCCUUGAGCUUUCCUAAAGUAAAAAGAGAGGACAUUGUUUACUUUACUGAAA